GCUUCUACACACGCGCAGAGACUAGCAAGGUGCGAUGGCAACUUAGCUAGAAUUGCUAUAACAAAUAAUCCCGAUUUCCCAUUCCAAUACCAAACAUGGAAAGAAAAGGAAAGCCGUAAGAAGAGAGAAUCUCAAGCACCCAAACAGACAUUUCCAUGUUUUGGGGGGGCAAUAUGGCAAGCCUCAAGAUCACUAAGAAGCACCACAGACACCUCAACAAUCCCUUCCCUUCUCCACCCAAAUCCCUCCCUUUCCUCCUGGGGUCUCUGUUCCUCGAUUCCCCUGCCCUUCCCUCGACUGGGAUUUAUCCAAUCGGGCAAGACUUUCAGCUCGCUUGGAGCUCCAAGAAUGGCGGGUGUUUCUCCAUUUCUCACAGAUCGCAGCCCGAAAAGACCAUAUGGUCGACUGUCCCGGGACAGGCCUUUGUCUCUGCUGCCAUGGCGGAGACAGAGGUGGAAGAAAGUAGGGGAUCCUUUCUCGUGAAAGACAGGAAAGUCCACCUGCUCUGUGAUCACCAGACUGUCGAAGAUAUCAGUUUGAUCGAUAAUCCUGACAGCUUGUUCGAAGUUGAUGAAUGUUUUUCAUCUGGGUGCUCAGAGUUGCAUCAGGACGACCUCAGGGAUAUGAAGUUCCCUGUUCUGUCCAUCAGUGGCAGGAUAUUCAGCAAGAAGAAACGGCUACGAGACUACCCAUUUCCGAGGAGUGGACGGUUUCAGACAAAGGAAACUUCCACCUCUGCAAGAUAUUGGGUCUUCUUUGAUCAGAAAAGUAGUAGAGAUAUCGGAUUUCAAGUGAAGCUCGGAGCACCCGACUUUCACAUAACAAAAUCUUCUCCCGGAAAAUACCGGGGGAUCCGGGCUAAACUUGGCCGUAUCCGGAAGAAGAAACUCGGAUGGUUUUGGUUCUUUCCAAGGCCGAAAGGUAUAAUAGCAGUUGCCUCUCCAGAGGAGGAAACAGCAGAAAUGAAGUUGCCCGAGUCCGCGGAAUUCAACAGGGUCUGUUUCACUUAUUCAAGUGAAGAGAAUGAGAGAUUUUAUGGCUUCGGGGAGCAGUUCUCUCACAUGGACUUCAAGGGCAAACGGGUCCCCAUUUUUGUUCAGGAACAAGGCAUCGGAAGAGGUGAUCAGCCCAUAACUUUUGCAGCAAACUUAGUCAGUCACAGGGCCGGAGGCGACUGGAGCACGACUUAUGCACCUUCACCCUUCUACAUGACAUCUAGAAUGAGAUCCCUUUACCUUGAAGGGUAUAACUAUUCCAUAUUCGACCUAACAAGGCAAGAUAGAGUCCAAAUACAGAUAUAUGGAAAUUCCGUUCAAGGAAGACUAUUGCAUGGAAACUCACCUACUGAGCUCAUCAAGCAGUUCACCGAGAAUAUUGGAAGGCCUCCAGAGCUGCCAGAGUGGAUCAUAUCAGGAGCUGUCGUUGGAAUGCAGGGUGGAACUGACAUGGUCUAUAAUGUAUGGGAUGAGCUGAAGGCCUAUGAUGUUCCCAUUUCAGCAUUCUGGUUGCAGGAUUGGGUAGGGCAGAGAGAAACUUUCAUUGGGUCACAACUAUGGUGGAAUUGGGAAGUGGAUACAAGAAGGUAUUGGGGAUGGCGAAAGCUUAUUCAAGAUCUAGAUGCCCAGCACAUAAAAAUGAUGACAUACUGCAAUCCCUGUCUAGCUCCGGUUGAUGGCAAACCAAACAAAAGGAGGAUGUUGUUCGAGGAGGCAAAGAGUUUGGGCAUCUUAGUGAAAGAUAAAAAUGGAGAGCUGUACAUGGUCCCAAACACGGCUUUUGAUGUCGGUAUGUUAGAUUUGACACACCCAGAUACAACAAGUUGGUUUAAGAGAAUUUUACAGGAAAUGGUGGAUGAAGGGGUAAGAGGAUGGAUGGCUGAUUUUGGUGAAGGCCUCCCAGUGGAUGCCACCCUCUAUUCAGGUGAAGAUCCAAUAACAGCUCAUAACAGAUAUCCAGAACUGUGGGCCCGAAUAAACCGAGAAUUCGUGGAUGAAUGGAAAAGCAACCAUAGAGAAGAAGAAGAUGAACCUGUUUUCUUCGUGAGAGCUGGUUUCAGAGAUAGUCCUAAAUGGGCUAUGCUGUUCUGGGAAGGAGACCAAAUGGUAAGUUGGCAGACUAACGAUGGGAUCAAGAGUGCGGUGGUUGGCCUACUGAGCAGUGGACUCUCCGGGUAUGCUCUUAACCACAGUGAUAUUGGAGGCUACUGUGCAGUGAGCUUCCCUCUGAUCAAGUACCACAGGAGCGAAGAGUUGCUACUGAGAUGGAUGGAGCUGAAUUCUCUAACAACUGUCUUCAGGACCCAUGAGGGAAACAAGCCAUCCUGCAACAGCCAGUUCUACUCAAACAACAGAACCCUAUCGCAUUUUGCACGGUUUGCUAAAGUAUACAGUGCCUGGAAAUUCUACAGAAUUCAACUCAUAAAGGAAGCGGCUCAGAAAGGUUUGCCAGUUUGCCGGCACAUGUUUCUCCACUAUCCCGAUGAUGAAAAUGUGCAAGGAUUUACUUAUCAGCAAUUCCUGGUUGGAACGGAAAUCCUAGUAGUGCCUGUCCUCGACAAGGGAAAGAACAAUGUGAAGGCCUACUUUCCAAAAGGAGAAACUUGUUCUUGGAAACAUAUCUGGACAGGAAACCUAUACAGGAAUCAAGAAGCUAGGGUGGAAGCUCCAAUAGGCUAUCCUGCUGUAUUUGUUAAGGAUGGCUCUACAGUUGGGGAGACAUUUCUGAAAAAUCUAAGGGACUUGAAAAUUCUUUCUAAGCGCUCAUGAUUCUUUAAUGUAAAAUAAGUCAUGAUUUAUAGAUAAUGAAUACUCUUCCUCUCUCUAUUGCAAAUCUACAUGCCUUUUAACUUCCGAA